CCCGACCCGCCUUCUGCUGUCCUUUGCGACGGCGCCACGCUCUUUACUUGCGCCUUGCCUUGCCUUGCCUUCACCUUGUUUUUACCAGAGCACGGGAUCACGCCUUCGCACCCCCUUGACAAGUUGCGAAUCCACCUGGAACCCCAACGUUACUUGGCCAUUGGAAAAAGCACCUGCGCUCGCUGCCGUCGCGAGACAUAGUCAACCUCUCCCUUCUCGCUAUUACCCCCGAUAAUUCAGACCCGCUCCAUUCACCAUGAAGUCGGCCGCCUCCCUCUCCACUGCCGUAGCUCUGCUGUCCGGCACCGCCAACGCCUUCUGGCGCAUGCCCUGCCACGACCCCAUUGCUCUUGCGCGUCUUGAUCCUAUCGUCGACCGGGACGUCGCCUCGGCCCACGCCCAUACCAUCCACGGUGGAAACAACUUUGAUGCCUCAACCACCUACGAGAUGCUGCGCUCGUCCGAGUGCACAUCUUGCCAGUUUGAUGAUGACAAGUCGGCCUACUGGACCCCUACGCUGCACUUUGUGCACGAGAAUGGUAAGACCGAGGUGGUUCCCCAGGUCGGCGGUAUGCUCGCAUACUACCUCCUCCUGGGCGACAACAUCAAGGCCUUCCCCAAGGGCUUCAUGAUGAUUGCCGGUGACCAGCGUCAGCGCAACUUCACCGGCCCCAUGCCCGACCCGCCAGUCUACUCAUGGACUGCCAAGGACCAGACACAGUUUGCCCUCAGCCAAAAGGCUCUCGGCUUCAACUGCCUCAACUACAACAAGGCGCCCGAGGGCUCGCGCUACCGCCACUUCAUGCCCGACAAGAGCUUCAUGGACGACAACUGUGUCGAUGGCAUCCGUGCCGAGAUCAUGUUCGCCUCGUGCUGGAACGGCAAGGACCUCGACACUCCCGACCACAAGAGCCACGUCGCCUACCCCAGCAUGAUUGAUGGUGGCGUCUGCCCCGAGGGAUACGACACGCGUCUCCCUACCCUCUUCUUCGAGACCAUCUGGAACACCUACAAAUUCAAGGGCCAGCCUGGUCAGUUCGUCUGGUCCAACGGCGACCCAACUGGCUGUGGUUACCACGCUGACUUCCAGAACGGCUGGGACAUUGACACGCUCCAGUCCGCUGUUGACACUUGCACAAACCUUUCUGGUCGUGUCGAGGACUGCCCUGUCUUCUCCGGUCGUCUCCAGACCGAGGAUCAGAUGAGCCAGUGCAAGAUCAAGGACAUUCCCAAGUUCCUCGACGGCGACGACUGUGCCGGCCCCACCAACGGUCUCUGCGGCAACGUCCCCAUCCAGUACGGACCCGAGUACGCUGCUGCUCCUCACAAGAAGCCCAACAGCAGCAGCCCCGAUGACAAGCCCCCUACGCCCAACCAGCCCUACGCCCCUGCUCGCUCACAGGGUCCCGGUGGUAUCUCCGUCUACGACGUCAAGGCCAAUGCCGUCAAGCCCACUCCUAUCCCUGCCAAGAACGACAACAGCUACCCUGCUCAGCCUCCUGCUCAGCCUCCUGCUCAGCCUCCUGCUCCCGCCAAGGACGUCCAGUCUCCUUCCCCCGUCAAGGAUGAGCAGAGCUACCCUGCCAUCACUCCCUCUCCCAUCAACAGCAAGCCCAAGGACGACGAUGACUGCAUCAUCAGCACCACUACCUACACCAAGGAUGGUACUGUCUACGUUGUUGCCAUCAAGGAGGUCGAGGUCACUGUCGAUGCCUCGUCCGAGAGCAGCAAGUACCGUCGCCAUGCGGCAGUCCACCGCCGCAACCAAGGUGCUCUGGGCCGUCGUUAAAGCACGAAAGAGACGACUAUUCUUUCUAGUUCUUCUUUUCUUCUCCACCCUUUCUUCUCCUUUGUUUUAUCUUCCGAUUUUUACUCCAAAAAAUCUCGGCAAGAACAAUCUACAUGACCAUUUUUCUAGACGCUGCAGGAAGAGAUAAACAAAGGUACUAAAGAGGAGAUUUUGGGAAUGAAAGCAGAACUUAGGACAGAAUCGAAAUAUUGUUUGUCGUUUUUUUUGAACAUACUUUAUCUCUUUCGCACAACAACCUACCUUUCUCAUGACUUUUGUUUUCUUUUUCUUUUCUUCAUUUAACG